AUGCAAUUGCAACUGACCUUUUUUCUGCACCUUGGAUUGCUCAGUUACACAGAAGCCCAAGAGGAAUGCAGCAAGGGUGCCUGCCGUCCCCCCCCCCCCCCGACUGGCAACCUCCUAGUGGGGCGCAGUGAGCAGCUCACGGCUUCUUCUACCUGCGGGCUAGGUGGGGCCCAGAAAUACUGCAUCCUCAGCUACCUCGAGGGGGAACAAAAAUGCUUCAUCUGUGACUCCAGAUUUCCAUAUGAUCCACACACCCAGUCCAACAGCCACACCAUUGAGAAUGCAAUUACAAGUUUUGAACCAGACAGGGAAAAGAAAUGGUAGCAAUCUGAAAACGGUCUUGAUCAUGUCAGCAUCAGACUGGACCUAGAAGCGUUAUUUCAGUUCAGUCACCUUGUUCUGACCUUUAAGACCUUUCAGCCUGCCGCAAUGUUAGUUGAACGCUCUACAGACUAUGGAUACACCUGGAAAGUGGUGAAAUAUUUUGCCAAAGACUAUGCUACAUCCUUUCCCAGCAUCACCUCCGGCCAGGCCCAGGGAGUAGGAGACGUUGUUUGUGACUCCAGAUAUUCGGAUGUGGAACCCUCCACUGGUGGUGAGAUAGUCGUUUUAAAGGUUUUGGAUCCCAGCUUCGAAAUAGAUGAUCCUUACAGCCCCUACAUCCAGGACCUUGUGACAUUAGCAAACCUGAGGAUAAACUUUACCAAACUCAAUACCCUUGGGGAAGCUUUGCUUGGAAAAAGGCAAAAUGAUUCCCUGGAUAAAUACUACUAUGCCUUGUAUGAGAUGGUGGUUCGGGGGAGCUGUUUUUGCAGUGGCCAUGCCAGUGAGUGCGGCCCGACACAGAAGGUGCGAGGAGAUGUUUUCAGCCCUCCUGGAAUGGUUCAUGGUCAGUGUGUCUGUCAGCACAAUACUGACGGCCCAAACUGUGAGAGGUGCAAGGACUUCUUCCAGGAUGCUCCUUGGAGGCCAGCUGUGGGUCCCUCAGACAGCGCCUGCAGAGCUUGUCACUGUAACGGUCACUCUGACCACUGUCACUUCAACAUGACCACGUAUCUAGCAAGCGGUGGCCGCAGUGGGGGCGUGUGUGACGGAUGCCGACACAACACCGAGGGCCAGCACUGCGAUCGCUGCAGACCCCUUUUCUACAGGGACCUCAAGCCCACUCUGGAUCCUCAUGCGUGCAUUCCUUGUGAAUGUGACCCUGAUGGAACACUUUUGGGUGGUAUUUGUGUGACCCACUCUGAUCCUGACUUGGGUACUGUGGCCGGCCACUGCCUGUGUAAGGAGAACGUAAAAGGAGCCAAGUGUGACCGGUGCAAGCCCAACCACUACAACCUGAGUGCUACCAACCCCCUGGGCUGUCAGUCCUGUGACUGUAACCCCCUGGGGAGCCUGCCGCCCUUGACCUGUGAUGUGGAUACAGGGCAGUGCUUGUGCCAGCCGUUUGCUACUGGACCACGCUGUGGAGAAUGCACUGUUGGAUACUUGGGACUGGCAAGUCACCUCCAUGGAUGUUCUCCCUGUGACUGUGAUACCGGAGGUGCUUAUUCUAAUGUGUGCUCACCUAAGGAUGGGCAGUGCGAUUGCUGUCCCCACAUCACAGGUCGCAGCUGCACAGAACCAGCACCUGGCCACUUCUUCGCUCCUUUGAAUUUCUAUGAGGCAGAGGAAGCCACGCCACUCCAGGGACUGGCACCUUUGGGUUCAUUGAAUUUUGGCCAGCUACCUGUGGUUCCCAUCGUUCUCCGAGAGCCAGUUCCUGGGAUGCCUGUGACAUGGACGGGACCAGAAUUUGCCAGGGUUCUCCAGGGAGCCGGCUUGAGAUUCACUGUCGAGAACAUUGCCUUCUCCAUGGACUUCGGUGUUGCCAUUCGCUAUGAGACUCAGUCCACAGCUGCCUGGGCGGUCCGGGUGGUGGUCAGCCCCGCCAGAGGGAGCAAGCACUGUACCUGCAAGGCCUUGCAGCUGAAGCCUCAGCGUUUUGCUCUACCAGCAGCUUCCAGAAUCGUGCUGCUUCCCACACCCAUCUGUUUAGAACCAGAUGUACGAUAUUCCAUAGAUGUCUAUUUUUCCCAGCCUUUGGAAGGCGGGCUCCAGCCUCACUCACACAUCCCGGUUGACUCUCUUGGUCUUAUUCCCCAAAUCAAUUCAUUGGAGAAUUUCUGCAGCAAGCAGGAUUUAGAUGAAUAUCAGCUGCACAAAUGUGUUGAAAUGGCCUUGGGAAUGGGACCUCAGGUGCUCCCCAGAGCAUGUGAAAGGCUCAUACCCAGUGUGUCUGCCGUGCUGCACAACGGCGCUGUGGCUUGCAAGCGUCACCCACAAGGCUCAGUGGGGCCCAACUGCACCCGACUCGGAGGCCAGUGCCAGUGUAAGCCUGGUGUGACCGGCCGCUGCUGUGACACAUGCUCAAUAGGAAGCUAUGGUUUGGGGCAUCAUGGCUGUCACUCCCGUCACUGCCACCCUCAAGGCUCAAAGAGUACUGUGUGUGACCAAAUAACAGGACAGUGCCCCUGCCAUGGAGAAGUAGCUGGCCGCCGUUGCGAUCGGUGCCUGGCGGACUAUUUUGGGUUUCCCACCUGCCGCCCCUGCCUUUGUAAUGGGUUCCCAGAACUUUGUGAUCCAGAGACCGGGUCAUGCUUCAAUUGUGGAGGUUUUACAACUGGGAGAAACUGUGAAAGAUGCAUCGAUGGUUACUAUGGAAAUCCUUCUUCAGGCCUGUCCUGCCGUCCUUGCCUGUGUCCAGACAUUCCUUCAAGCAAUCAGUAUUUUGCCCAUUCCUGUUAUCAGAAUCCUUGGAGCUCAGAUGUAAUCUGCAGUUGUCUUCUAGGUUAUACAGGUGUGCAGUGUGGAGAAUGCUCUGCUGGUUUCUAUGGAAAUCCAAGAAUUUCUGGAGCACCCUGCCGGCCGUGCGCCUGCAACAACAACAUUGAAGUAACUGAUCCAGAGCCCUGCAGCCCAGUCACAGGGGAGUGCCUUAAAUGUCUGCACAACACACAAGGGCCCAGCUGCCAGCUCUGCAAACCAGGUUACUUUGGAUCGGCCCGCAAUCAGACCUGUAGGAGGUGCUCCUGUCAUCCUGCCGGCGUGAGUCCCACGCAGUGUCCCCCUGAUCGGGAAGCUUGCCUCUGCGACCCUGACACUGGCAUGUGCCCUUGUCUGCCCAACGUCACAGGCUAGGCCUGUGACCGUUGUGCUGAUGGAUACUGGAAUCUGGUUCCCAGCAAAGGAUGUCAGCUGUGCGAUUGUGACCCCCGGACAUCACGCAGUAGCCACUGCGACCAGCUUACAGGCCAGUGUCCGUGUAGACUAGGCUAUGGUGGGAAAUGCUGCAGUGAGUGUGAGGAAAAUUAUUAUGGUGACCCCCUGGGGCGAUGCAUUGCAUGGGACUGUGACAGGGAAGGUUCCCAGAAGCCUGUCUGUGACCAGGACACAGACAUGUGCCGCUGCCGAGAGGGUGUCAGCUUCCCGCGAUGUGAUCGCUGCGCCCGGGAUCAUGGCCAGGAAUUCCCUGCUUGCCUUCGAUGUCACUCGUGCUUUGAUCAGUGGGACCACACCGUUUCUUCCCUCUCCGAAGCAGUGCAAGGGUUAAUUAGGCUGGCUGCUAACCUGGGAGAUAAAAGAGAGACCUUGCCUGUCUGUGAGGCCAACUUCAAAGGCCUCAGAGAGAACAUGUCUAAAAUAGAAAGGAUUUGGAGACAUCCUGUUUUCUCAUCUGGGGAAUUCUUAAAAGUCAAGGAUUAUCAUGCCUCUGUUCGGAAACAAAUCAUGCAGCUAAACGAGCAGCUGAAAACAGUGUAUGAAUUUCAAGAUCUGAAAGAAAGAGCAGUAAGAGUGAGUAAUGAAGCAGCUCUUGAAGAUCUUCAGGAAGAAAUUGAUUUGCACUCCAAUGCCCGGAAUGCAAGCAUCAUGGCGUGUCUGAUCUCACUUUGUGUUGACGUCGAUUCCUCAGAGAGCAUCAAGCCGUAUUAUGAGAGAUCUUUAUCUGCUGAAAGAAAAACUAAUGACACAACAACCAUGACACGUCACUCUGAAAAAACCAGGAAUGACUUCCUUACCACCUUGGAUACACUAACCUCGAAAGGAAACUCGACACUAGAAAAAUUAAAGCAGAUCAAGAUACCCGAUAUUCAAAUAUUGAAGGAAAAGGUGUGUGGAGAACGAGGGCUCACACCGUGUGGGCACUUGCCCUGUGUUGCCCUGAGCUGCCGCGGCUCCCUGACCCUCUCGAGGAACGACUUCCAGAAAGCUCAGGAAGCAGAGUCUGUGAUGCACAAUUUGAACAACCAGGUCCAAGGGUUGAAGAAUCAGAUCAAAAAUGUAAGUAAGCUGGCAGAAUUCUCCAAAAAUAAUGCUUUACAGCUAAGCGAGAAACUGAGGAAUAUAAAAAACCAAAGUGAAUCUGAAGAAGAAAAAAUGAAUCUUUUAAUCAAAAACCUGAAAACGUUUUUGUCAGAGGAAAUCGUGCCUCCAGAGGACAUAGAGAAGGUUGCACAUCGUGUACUUGGCAUCCACUUACCGAGAGCCUUGCAAAAUCUAACCCCUGAACUUGACAAAACACAGAAAUUUUUACAACUCUGUGAAGACCAUAGGACAGAUGAGAACAGCCUAAAUCAAGCAGCAGAUGGAGCCCGAAAGGUUUUGAGGGAGGCAAAAGCAGUUGAAAAAGCAGCCAGCACUCUAUUAAAUCUGGACAAAGUGUUGAAUAAGUUGCAGCAAGUUCAAGUCACUCAAGGGGGAGUGAAUUCUACCAUCACACAGCUGACUGCCAAGAUAACAAAAAUAAAAAAGAAUGUACCGCAGGUUGCAAAUCAAGCCCAGGAGACGCAGAACAGGCUGGACCUGGUAAAGCAGCGGUCAGUGCUGGAGAGUAGACUUGCUGGGCUGCAGAACAAGUUGCAGAGGAACCAGGACGAGGCCAUGCGUGUGCGGGCUCAGGCCGAAGCGGCCCGGCGCCAAGCUGGGGGCCUUGAGGAGGAGUCUGUGGAGCUCAAAAAUCAAUAUGCCAUUCUUCAGCAUGAGACAAGCCCUGCUGGACUGACAAAGGAAACACUGGGGAAAGUGAAACAGCUCAAAGAUGCAGCAGCAAGUUUGGCUGGAGAUACAGAGGACAAGAUAAGAAGAAUGGCAGAUUUAGAAAAGAAGAUCCAAAAUUUGAAUCAAAGUAGAAAAGAAAAGGCUGAUCAACUGAAACAGUUGGAAGAUCAAGUCAUUGCCAUUAAAAAUGCAAUUGUCUGGAGUUCCCGUUGUGGCGCAGUGGUUAACGAAUCCGACUAG